UGCGGGAAUAUGUCGUUUACGAAAACAAGGCUCUGUCGGCUCGGGGAAUCGGGACAACUUGAUAUACAUAUUCAUGGCAAUUUUCUUAUCAAACAAACGUCGUGGCUUGUGAUGCCGAAACAGUUGCAAGGUAUAAAGCCAUGCUUCCUUCGAGGAUGAAUUUCACAGUUCGGACCCGCAGCAGCACUCGCUAUCUAUUCUAUCGAGAUAAUUUCCACCAUGGUUGGCCGAGUUUUGCCCCCCGAACUCAUUCAGGGACACCCAACACCACCCAGGGUGACUGGCCCGACAACGACGAAAGCAACCCGUCCCUCCAACAAACUCCCCCAGUGGCUGAUUGAUGAAGCUCGAGUCCACUUCAAAGAGACUUUCGAUGCGAAGAAACACCUGAGUUUUCAGCCCCCACAGAGUGUCUACACCAUGAAAGAGAUAGGUCUGGAAGGACACGGCAUUUCACCAGUUGCAGCCUCAGAACCAUUCCCUCUUUUCACUCCCGAAGCUAUCAAGCAAAUCCGAGCUGAGGUAUUCAGCGAGCCUGUGCUAAAAGACUGCCAAUAUUCCUCCAGCUUUGCGAAAAACAUGAUCCGAGGGAUGGGAAGAGAACGAGCCCCAUUUACUUGCGAUGCUUGGAGUUCUCCAGAGCUUCUUGUCAUGGUUUCACAGGUUGCUGGUCUGGACCUGGUUCCUAUGUUUGACUAUGAGAUCGCCAAUAUCAACAGUUCAGUUAACGAUGAGAACAAGGAUGGACAUUCUGACGGAGAGACUUCUGCCUUUGCUUGGCACUAUGAUAGUUUUGCGUUUGUCUGCGUCACAAUGCUCUCCGAUUGCACGGACAUGAUUGGUGGGGAGACUGCCAUUCGGACACCAUCUGGGGAGGUUAAGAAAAUUCGGGGGCCAUCCAUGGGAACCGCUGUCAUCAUGCAGGGGCGCUAUAUCGAACAUCAAGCAUUGAAAUCCAUUGGCGGCCGCGAACGGAUCAGCAUGGUUACAGCUUUCCGACCGAAAUCACCCGCGAUCAGGGAUGAGGCGAUCUUGACUGGCUCCCGCGCCAUUAGCAAUUGGUCGGAACUUUACACUGAGUACAGUGAGUAUCGAUUGGAGCUUCUGGAGGAGCGGAUUCGUGCGAUGUUGAAGAAGGAAAGAAUCAGGAAAUCCGGAAAACGGCCGUUCAACAUUUCGGACAUGCAGCACUUUCUGGACGAGCAGAAAGCUUUUAUUGAGUCCAUGAUGGUUGAGCUGAUUGAGGUUGAAGAUGUAAACUGAUUUGAACGCAUGCAUAUGCACGGGGAUGGGGGGACGAUGAAUGUAGUCAUUGUUUUGAUGAAUCGGAUACUCCGAAAGAUCGAGAAAGCAGGGCAUGAGAA